AUGGGUAAGAAUAUAGAGAAGAUCAGUGUGAAGACAAAGGUGGACUUCUAUAAUGUGGAAUGUACUGUCACCGAUCCAAGUUAUGUAUACUUCGAUACCUGCAAAAUAAAAGCGGUCAAUCGCACUUACAAAUACUUCACGAUGAUCGCAAAAUUCCCCAGACGUCAGCCAGUUCACAAUAUUUCGAUGACCUUUGCUUUGCUACGAAGAGCCAACGGCUAUAAGCCCUUCUUGUACAACUUCACUGUCGAUUGCUGUAAAUAUAUGAAGAAACGCAAUAAUCCCGUUAUCAAUUAUUUUCACAGUUGGUUUGAGAAGUAUUCCACGAUUAACAGAACUUGCCCAUAUGGGCCGCAAGAUGAAGUCGUCGAUAAACUUCCUGUGAGUCACAUCAACCGUAUGACCACCGAAAUCCUUCCGGUACCACAGGGGCAAUAUGUGUUCCACACAAGUUGGCUUUUUUACAAUACAAAGGUAGCAAUUGUUAAAUUAUUCUUUCAAAUAAUGUAA